AUGUCCACAGCUACUUCAGAUGAUUCUCCUCCUCCUUCAGGAAAUUCCAACGAUGAUAAUACAAUCGGACCAAGAUCCCAGAACAAAUUGGGAUUUCUGGAAGGUUCCAUUUCUAAACCCUCUUCCUCUGAUUCUUUACUGUAUACUGCUUGGAUUAGGAACAAUAAUAUAGUCAUUUCUUGGAUACUUAAUUCUGUUUCUAAAGACAUUUCAGCAAGCAUACUCUAUGAUGAAUCAGCUGCUGAAAUCUGGAAAGAUCUAAAGCAGCAGCUCACUCUUCUUGCCAACCAACAAUCUGGUAAUGCAACAUCUAACACCACACAAUCUGUUGACACACCAGGUAUAAUUCUUUCUACUUCUCAAUAUUGUAUACCUACAAAAUAUGACACUUGGAUAGUGAAUUCAGGUGCAACACGACAUAUAUGCUCCUCUGUUUCGCAUUUUAUUUCUUUAUCUGAUAUUCCCAAAACCAAAUUGGUUUUACCUAAUCAUUCUCAUAUGUUUGUGUCCAAAUCUGGUACUGUUCUGUUGUCCCUUGAUUUAACUCUCACUGAUGAACCAAUCACUAAGAAGAUGAUUGGCAUGGGUAGAUUGUUUCACGGCCUCUACCUUCGGGAUAAGCCUACAUCUAUACCAGAAGUUCACACUAUUAGUGCUGAUAUUUGGCACUCUAGAUUAGGUCAUUUGUCAUCUAAAGCUCUUGACUUACUUAGCUCUACUUUACCUUGUAAUACAUCACAUUUGCAUAAACAUUCUCCCUGUUUUUUUAGAUCCGAUAAUGCUCCGGAACUUGUUUUUGAAGAACUUUUUGCUAAAAAGAAUGUUAUUUUUCAUGAGAAAAUUUUUCCUUUUACAAAGUUAAAUAAUGCUACUGUUUUGGUUGAUAUUUUUCCUAACAUUGUCCUACCUUCCUCUCUAGUUUCUUAUAUUGGCAUAACAGAUUAUAUUACUCCUAUUUCUUCUACUAAUAAUGACAUAGUCGAAGCACCUCCAGAGACAACAAGCCUGACACCUGAUCCUUCUUCUACACAACAAAAAACUAUCCUCAUUCCUUCUCCCGUUGCUGCUCCUCCUCCUAAUCCUAUUCACAGACCUUCAAGACAGUCUAAACCUCCAGCAUACUUGAAGGAUUUUGAGUGUCACUGUUCCCUUCAACUCAACCCCCCUACUCCUUAUCCAAUCAAAAAAUAUAUUUCAUAUUCUAAAUUAUCUACAUCUCACAGAAUUUUUUCUUAUGAUGUUUCUUCUAAUGCAAAACCUUCGAGCUAUAAGGAGGCAACUUUGGAUCCAAAUUGGAUUUCUACUAUGCAACAAGAAUUUCAAGCUCUACAAAAUAACAAAACAUGGUCUUCAACCACAUUGCCACAUCACAAAAGGGCUAUUGGAUCCCGCUAG